CUUGAUGACAGCUCGGUAAAAAUUUGCAUCCCGGAAGUACUUCAUGUUGUUUUCUCUGGUGUUUUUCUGUUUAUUACUGCACCUCUUAAUCGUUUAGUCUCAGAUGUAGAACAGUUCUAAACCAAUUGCUACAGUGUAAUACGUUUAGAAAUCAAAAAGUCAUGGCCAGCGAGGACUAUGAGAGACGGCGGAAGAGGUAAGUUAUGUUUUAGUCGAUUCAUCGAGUAAUCUAGAUCCAUUCAAUUCGUCGAUUCAGACUUUGAAUAGCUGCAGGCUUUUGAAUAACGUAAAACAUCAUUUCAGUUUUCCCUUUUCGUCCCCUCAGUGAACGAUCGUCACAACCAGGAGUAAAUGUAGGGCUUUGACUUGUCGUUUUAAUAGUGCUGAUUUAGAUUGCAGUCGAAGGUAGCGGAGAAAGAUUAUGCGGUAGAAUGUAUAAUUUGUUUAUUUUAAACUUCUUUGAUGUUUUAAGUUUAUUGAUAGGAAACUUUGGAUUUGUAGAUUAAAAUCGAACACCCUAUGCUAUUUAUAAUUGAAUUAAAGAAUUUAACACUGAUUCCACCAGAUAAAGGAAGGAACAUUUGUGUUAUACAGUAGACGCUCUUCCUGCGAUCACUCUCGUAAGCUUCCAGUUGAGUUUCGUCACAAUGGCUAAUCUGAAAUUUUACCAAAUGCACAUGCAGUUACAACCAGCGGCAGUGGAAGGGUUUACAAGUAAAAGAAGUAAAAAAUCGGAGGAAAAGGUUAACUUUGGAAAAUCGAACGUGCAACGGCAGGCAACUAUAUAUUGUCAUCUUGUCACACAUGACUACAUAAAUCACGGCUAAACAUUCUACACUAAUUCUACAUAUUUAUCAAAGUAUAUGUAUCUCAGCGGCUUUCUUUGUCCUAUUAAAAUUGUCAGGUUGUCGUACGAUAGUCUCCGGGAGGAAAGUAAAGAAGAAGAAGAAGGAGGAAGUAAAUUUGUAGACGUUCCAUUGAGUCUGAAGGGUCAUGUUAUUGGAAAGGGUGGCCAAAAGCUGCAUGAAAUUAUGGAGACAACUGGAACAACAAUAUUCUCCCAAAGCAAGGAGGAAGCCGGAUUUACAAUCUUUGGGGAUGAAGAACAAAUUGCAAAUGCUGAAAGGCUUAUCAAAGAAAUUGUGGUAAUGUGUUUAAAAACCCAUAGUUAUAGUGCAGGAAAUAGUUCUGACAGAACACUUAAGAGCCUGCACUAGACCUAUCAUCAGCAAGUAUACUUUAUGCAACAUCAUGCCACCUUCAAUGACUUCGAUUGUCAAUAUAAAUCUGUGCGGAGAUAUUUUAAACAUUUUCGCAUUCUCAAGUGACUUUUUAUUUUUAUAGUGACUAAAUGUUCUGCAGAAACGAAUGGCAAAUAAAAAUAUUACCAAGUAGUCCAGUUAGUGUACUGAGAUCGAUUUGUUUAUUUAAUAAUUUAUUUUUAUUCCCUUCUUUGGUGUUUGAUUGUUAAUUUUUUGUUUUUGUGACUGGUUAAAAAUAUGAGCUAAGGUUUCUUGACUGAAGAAAUAGAAAUGCUGGGC